AUGGCCAGUUUCCGCUACCACUCGGGAUACCUGGCCGAUGAUGAGGCGGCCCACAACCCCUACGUGGCUCGGAUGCCAGCCUGCAGGAAGCCGAUGCUGCCGCGGAUGGAACCCGUGUCCCGGGUAGGCUGCAGGUCGGCCCCGCGGUGGACGCCAGGCUGCUCGGGGCAGCGGGCAGCUGCUCACAGGAACCCCAAGGGUCCUCAACCCUUCGGCAGCUUCCUGGAUUUUCUGACGGAGGGCCAGGUGCUGGAGAGCCUGCAGACGGUGGUGGAGGAAGCCACUGAGCGGGUAGCCGGCAUGAAGACCGGGGCCGGCACACCGCUGGUGGAGGUGCAGGACCCGGUGCCCAGCAACGGCAGUGGUGGCGGUGGGCGGCGGGCUAGGGCCCGGCCUUCCCUGAGCACAGUCCGCCGGCACCGUGUUCAGCCAAGCCUCUGUGUGGGACGCCCCAACAACUACCCAUCCCGCUCCAGCUCUCUCUCUGAUUCUGCCGCAGCAGCGGCCGCGGCAGCAGCAGGGGGCUGGUUAGGGCCGCAUAGCCAGGACAGCGAGCUUGGGACCAGAGGCUUGCUGCCCCCCGUGAAAGACCAGCUACUGCUGGAGAAGAACCUCAGGCGGCUGCUGCGUCUGGAGAAGAAAGGGAGAUGCUUGAGUCAUUCCUCCCCGAAGGACUCUCUGGACAGCCAGACCAACCACCAGUGGCCACCGGAGCAGCCGCUGUCCUGGUUCUCCGGCCUGCUGGGCUCCAGCACUGGGACCCCGGAAGCGUCGGAGCAAACCCUGGGCGAGGAGGAGCUGACCCUCCUGCAACGUGAAUUGCAUAAGAAGAUCAAGUCGCUACUGAGCCAGCCACCUGCAGCAGCAGCAGCGGCAGGGGCAGCUGAGCUGCCUGGCUACUGCUCUCUGCGCCAGCCACACUGUGCCUUGGAUUUCCUGGCCCAGCACCAUCUGCUCGCUGCCCUGCAGAACGUUGUCAGCCAAGCUGUAGACAAGCUCAGCGGCGCCCGCCGCCGCGACGGCUGCCCUCUCUUCGCCGCCAAAGCUGCUGAACCCUGUUCGGGUCUGGCCCUAGGCCCGACGCCACCACCACCACCUGGAGACUCCCAGCCGGCCUCACCUUCCGACAAAGACUACUACUACUACUGCUAUCCCUCGCCUCCCACCAUCACCUCCGGCCCCAAGGUGGAGCAGAAGCGAAACAAGAGCAGACAGGGCUCCCCGUCCACGCCUGGUGCCCCGGUGGCCACCAGGUUCAAGCUCAAGAGCUCCAACAGUAAGUUCUCCACCAAGAAGCCGCUGCCCUCCAUCUCCCCCAAAUCCAGCCUGACCAGUCCGACGCAGCUGGCUGACCCCUGGUAUGAAGAGAUCGCAGGCUUCCUGGCGGAGCGCGCCGUCUCCCUGCUCAUCUGCAAGUACAAGUUCGAGAGCAACCUGGGCAAGAAACUGGGUUUCCUCUCCUUUCCGGUCACGGAGGCCCUGGUGGACCUGCUGUUGGGUUUCAAGAAGGUCAAGGGCUCUCGCCUCCUGCUGUCUUCUCAGACCGACUGGAGCAGCCUGGUGCACAGGCUGGAGGGUGUCAAGCCCAGGAAGCCGGCGUUGCGGCAUGCCAUGCAGCCCGGGAGCUUGCAACACCACGGGGCGCCCGCCGCUGCCGCCAGCGCCAGUGCCAGUUCCACAACCAGGCCGGCCGAGCUGAGCGGCACCCUCAGCCGCGAACGGGCCACCGAGCCGGUCUUCUCCUCGGACACUGAACUGCUGAGUCCGCAGGAGUCCACGUCCCCCGACCGGCAAACUGCGACCAGCCUGUCGGAACCCAAGUUCUCCAUGUCUUCCGCUGUGGGCGUCAGCCCCCUCAAAUCCAAGGAGAGGUUCCAAGUGGAGAACAGCGAGGGCAGUGAAGGUGACCAGGGUGCUUAUGACAAUGAAGGUGGCCAGAAGGACGAGGAGGAGGGGGCCGGGGCCCUGAACCCCGACGAAGUUGGUAUUAUUAGCCACUAUGUGAACCUGAACCACAUGGGUCCCCCAUGA